AUGUUUAAGAAGGGAGUCCGGACGUUCACCUCUACGGCUCUGAGAGCUGCCGAGACGGCUGCUCAGAUGGAAGCGAGGAACACCUAUGGAGUCGGGGUUUCCAAGGCGCAAGGUGUCGUAAAGGGCCUGACCGGGGCUAUCGGAAACACCCCAUUAAUCCGAUUGAACCGCAUCUCCGAACAAACCGGCUGUAAUGUCUUGGGAAAAGCCGAGUUCCAAAACCCCGGCGGAAGCGUCAAGGACAGGGCCGCAUUGUUCGUCGUCAAAGACGCCGAGGAGCGAGGCCUUCUUAAACCAGGCGGCACCGUCGUUGAAGGAACAGCAGGAAAUACCGGAAUUGGCCUGGCCCAUGUGUGUCGAUCAAAGGGAUACAAGCUAGUUAUCUACAUGCCAAACACCCAGUCGCAAGGCAAAAUCGACUUGCUGAGACUUCUGGGCGCUGAGGUCUACCCCGUACCUGCUGUUGCGUUCGACAACCCAGAGAACUACAACCACCAAGCCCGGAGACACGCCGAGUCUCUUGAAAAUGCCGUCUGGACUAACCAGUUCGAUAACAUAGCUAACCGGAGAGCCCAUAUUGAAACCACUGGCCCAGAAAUCUGGGCGCAGACGGAAGGGAAAGUUGAUGCGUUCACUUGUGCUACUGGUACUGGCGGCACACUAGCUGGUGUUACUAGGUACUUGAAGACUGUUAGCGAUGGUAAAGUGAAGUCGUUCCUUGCCGAUCCCCCGGGGAGUGUGCUGUACAGCUACAUCACAAGUGGGGGUACCCUCAUAGAGCGCACUGGUAGUAGUAUUACGGAAGGCAUUGGCCAAGGCCGUGUAACGGAUAACUUGCAACCCGAUAUUGAUCUUGUUGAUGGAGCACUCAGCAUCAGUGACGAGAAGAGUAUUGAGAUGGUAUACCGGUGUCUCGACGAAGAAGGCCUAUAUCUAGGUGCUAGCUCGGCACUUAACGUUGUUGCUGCAAAGGAGGUUGCAGAGAAGCUUGGGAAGGGACAUACUGUCGUCACCAUGUUGUGCGAUGGUGCCUAUCGAUAUGCAGAUCGGCUGUUCUCUGAUAAGUGGUUGAAGAGCAAGAAUCUUAGAGACGCCAUACCCAAACAUUUGGAGAAAUAUAUUGUGCUGCCGUGA